UUCAAUUUUUUUAUUUUCCUCCUUAUUUGAAAUCAACUGAAAAGUUUACAAAAACGUUCAAAAACAGAAAAACAGAUUCACUUGCAUUGGACUGGUCCUAACUAAAUCGUUAUAAACAUGGUCUUUCUAACAGAUGACAUGUUGCAAACAUACAAAGAUGCAUUUUGCAUGUUUGAAAAUCAUCUCGGUGUCAUCAAAUGUGAACUUUUGAGAGAUGUCUUAAAAACCUUGGGUUUCAACCCUACUGAUGUGGAGUUAGAAAAUAUGACCAUUAUGGCAGAUGCAGAUGGGAACAACGAGCUAGAUUUUGAAGAGUUUGUUGAUUUAACGCGUAGAUUGCAGAGUGACGAAAAAGAAACGAAAGCAGCUCGCGAUUCGUUCAACGCGUUCGAUUUUAUGGGAGAAGGUUACAUCGCAGCCAAUGAUAUUAAAGAAGCUUUACUCUACAUCAUGGAAAAAGCUCCGGAAGUCGACAAACAAAACAUUAUCAAACACUUCAAAUUGGAUAAGAACCGAAGAAUAACAUUUGCAGAAUUUAAAGAUAUGAUCACUUUGAAGAGAUAAACGUGAUGUUCUUUUUAUAACAAGAUUAUCUUUAGAAACAAUUUGUAAAACAAAAACACAUCCAGCUUCUGAGAUUUUACGAAUUUUAAUAUCUUGAAUUGAAUUCAGCUCAUGAAAAUAAGUCGUGCCACAACACAAAACGAUUUGUGUUUGUUGUUUAUUAACGUAGUUUUAGCAUGUAUCUUUAAUUUAUCAUGUUCUUUCAGAUUAUGGCUUUUAUGCGCUACACUUAGAUUUCAGUUUAAACAAAGAAUUCUACG